CAAGUGCAAAUUCGAGAAAACCAUGAGUGCAAGAGAGAUAGGCUGUCUAUCUAUCUCUCUUGCAUUUAUGGAAUUUGCAUUUGGACUUGCACUUGUACUUGGCUUUUGCACCUAUUGUAGAAGCUCCUGUAGAACCUCCUUGUAGUUGGAUCAUGGCGUCUUGAAGCGUUUUGAAUGCUUGUGUUUGUGACAAACUGUCGAUUACACUUUUUCGGUUGAGUAGAAAAUUAACUGUUAGCAAGUGAAAUACGUAUAUUUGUAGGAAAUAUUGUCUGUGAUACUAAAAUAUAUCAAGAGGAACAAUAAUAUUGUAAAUUAAAAAUUAUUAUGGAUAAUAAUCGUCGACCGAAGAAGUAUAAAAGAUAUUUGCAACCUGGGUCAAGCAAAAGAAUUCCUUCUUCUACAUGGUACCGAGAUAUAAAGGAAGCUGAAAAAGAGGUCAAUGAAUCUUCAGUUUCUCAUAGUCAUCAUACUGAUGAAUCAUCAAGCGAAAAAGAUGACAUGCCUACAGUUGAACAAUGCGAUUUAGUUGACGAUUACAUGAAAGACAUUGGUUCCAACUUGGAAAAUUCAGAAGCUAACGAUACUUCAUUACAUUCAGAAGAAGAUCAGUUUGAAGUGAACAACUCAGAUGAUGGUAAUCUCGAGAACACGAGUGCCAAAAAAGAUAAUGAAAUUAAGAAAGUAGUGGAAUCUUUGUUUGAUGAAAUUCAUGAUGAGGAAGAGAACAACGUACCAUUUACGGAGAGUGAUAUGGAAGACGAUUUUUUCAUGUCAUCUGAUGACACUUCAAUUAGAGAAGAUUCUGAAAAUGACGAUCAAUUAUAUAAAAAUUGCUUCUCAUCAAUAGAGGAUAUAGUCAAAAAUAAUACUGUGAAGAAUCCUAUACAAACACCAGUAGAUGUAACCCCAGGAGAAAUAAUAUUGAUGAUUUUAAAGUACGCGAUUACGCAUGCCUUAUCGUUAAUAGAAAUAACCGACUUAUUCAAAUUAAUAAAUUGUAUCUUUUCCUUCGAUAUUUUGCCAAAUACAAAAUAUUUAAUCGAUAAAUUAUUUUAUGAAAAAAAUCGUACGGAACUUCAUGCAACAUGUACAAACUGUACCGCGUAUAUUGGUAAAUAUAAUCGAAAAAUGAAGUUUGUGCAGUGUUCAGUAUGUAAAACACAAAUUAAUACUAAAGAUUAUAAGUAUAAAGACUUUUUCGUCACAAUGGAUCCUUUUUCACAUAUUUCUAAACUAAUUGAAAGUAACAGCUCUUAUUAUAAGUAUGUAGUUAAUGAUAGAGUUUAUGAAAAAGGAUUUAUUCGUGACAUUUAUGAUGGCAAAUUAUAUCGCGAUUUUGUUAAAAAUUUAAGUGAAGAUGACAGAUGCAAAUAUGCUACUACAACUUUUAAUACAGACGGAGCACCCUUAUUUACUAGUUCAGCAUAUUCGAUUUGGCCUAUUUAUUUAAUGGUGAAUGAGCUUCCGUUUGACGUAAGAACAAAAAAUUUAAUCCUAGUUGGCCUUUGGUUUGGGAAAGACAAACCUGAUAUGAAUGUCUUUCUUAAACCAUUUGUUGAAAAAAUGAACAGUUUGUCAACAGCAGGUGUUAAAUGCAAUUUAGAAGGAGAAGAAGUUAGUAUUAAAAUUUUUACACAACUUGCAUGUGUUGAUUCAGUAGCUCGCGCUCCAUUGAUGGGAUUUGUGCAAUUUAAUGGAUCUUAUGGAUGUCCACAGUGUCUUCAUCCUGGAGAAUGGGUUCCAAAUGAAAGUAAAAAUGAAAAGAAAAAACGUUCUGGAUGUAUUAAAUAUGUUUUGCGAAAGAAAAUACCUGUAAAAAGAGACAACGAAAAAACUAUUGCGCACAUGAAAAAGGCAGUUAAAUUAGGAAAGCCUGUUUGUGGAGUGAAAAACUCGUCACAAUUAAUUAAUUUACAGUUUUUUAACUUUAUCAAAGGAUGUGUAUUUGAUAGUAUGCACUGCAUUCCCGGAGUUGCAAAACUGUUUGCUACAGUGUGGUUCGGCAAUAACGCGAAAAGCGGCAUAAUUCCCAAAAGUGAGAUUGAAACAAUUGAUAAAGCCAUGAAAACCAUUAAAGUUCCACAUCAAGUCUGCAGACUUACACGUCCUUUCUCCGAAAGAGCUUUUUGGAAAGCCAGAGAGUGGGAAAAUUGGGUCCUAUUUUACAGUUGUCCAAUUUUACAGAACAUAUUGCCUGAUGAUCUUUUUAGGCACUGGACUCUAUUUGUUGACGCCAUUUAUAAUUUAAUGAAGGAUGAAAUUGCCACUCGCGAAAUAGACAGAGCCGAUUCGCUAUUACAUGAAUUUGUAGGACAAACACAAACAUUAUACUGUAAGGCAUGUAUGACUUUUAAUAUUCAUAUUCUUCUCCAUUUAGCUCAAAGCGUUUACGAUUGGGGCCCACUUUGGGCACAUAAUGCAUUUGCCUUUGAAUCGGGUAAUGGGGAAUUAUUAAAAGUCAUACAUGCUGCUAAAGGAAUUCAUCACCAAAUUUGUAGACAAAUCAGUUUAAAAUAUUGCAUGUUGUUCCUCAAAGAAAAUUUAUAUCCGAACUGUUCCUUUAAAGUCAAAGAUUAUUAUAAUCACAUUGGUACUGUACAUGUCAAAAAGUCUUUACAAAUGAAUGACAUACGAUAUUUUGGGUCAGCAUGUUCUGUAAAAGAACAAUGGAUAAACAGUUUAUGUAUUUCCGAAAAUGCAGUUUCUUAUAAGAAAAUUGUAAAAAAUAGUUGUUUAUAUAUGUCUGCAGAAAAAAGUAACGAAAGAUCUGAUAACACUUUUGCAAUAUUGCAUAGUGGUAUUUAUGUAAAACUAAUCAACUUUAUAGUUGAUCAUAUUACAAGCAAUGAAUACGUUGUAGUAAAAAAAAUUAUCACAGUAAAUUUUAUUGACGAAAAUUGUAAAAUGUUACAAAAGAUUGUAAAAAUUGACAGUGAAAACUCGGUCUUUGCAACGGAAGAAAUUUCAAAAGUUUGUGUGCACAUAAAACUUGAUAACGAUUGUGAGUAUUUAUGUGUUGUUCCGAACUUGUACCACUAUUAAUGUUAAUUUCAGUGGACAAACGUGAUUUUUACUUACAAAAAUGAGCCUUUUUCAAUAACUUUUAAAAAACUUUUUAAGCUUUCUGUAACAUAUUUUUUAUCUAAAAUCACGUUUAUUGACCUUUAUUUUUAUUAAUAGUUAUUUUAAAAUAUUAAAAACUCAAGUAAA